AUGAACGAAGAACCUCACGCCCACGAGAAUCUGGUUGCCAAAGCCCAGAGAUACGGAGAUGGGGAUCCUGAAAUUGGCAGCACUAGUAGCGAGGAGAGUCUGGGCGGAAGCAUUACAUCGGUAGUGCCAGCCAUUACCGAGACUACAGAACUACCAGGAGAUCCUCCGACCUCAAACCCUCAAACACUGUGUAUAUAUCUACUCGAGCCCUUCAUUUUAAUCCUGUUAUUUGCCUACAAUUUCUCGUCCACCGUACUGAAGAAUGAAGUCAUCUACCAAAGCUGCACAGCAGGCUUCGGUUAUCCGGAUAGCGUUUGCCGGCUGCUGGGCACCAAGAAUGCCACGAACGACACCAAGAGAAUUGAGGAGCAGGUGCAACCUUAUGCUGCCCGGGUCACUUUGGCAAUGAGGAUAGUGGAGUGUUUUAUUCCCGCUUUCUGUGGACUCUUCGCCGGGUCCUGGGCGGAUCGCUAUGGCCGCAAGCCUCUGCUCAUGUGCUCCUUCCUGGGCUACGGCCUGCAGUAUCUCAUUUCAGCCGGGAUAGCCUAUUGUGCCGGGCAGACUCACGGUCUGGUUAGUCCCUGGUGGUAUGUGCUCUCCAUCGUACCCCUGUCCUGCCUAGGAAGUAGUGUCACUUAUUCUGUGGCCGCAGUUUGCUUUAUUGGCGAUGUCUCCGAGGGCCGAGUUCGAUCAUACAGGCUGAUCGCCUACGAACUGGCCAUAUAUGUGGGCUUACUCCUUGGUAGCUUCGGUUCAGGUUACGUCUAUGAGGAAACCGAUUCCUACAUUGUGUUCAGUAUUUCUGCGGUGUCCAUCCUUACGGCUCUCUUCCUGAUGGCGGCACUACUUCCGGAGAGUUUGCCUAUCAGGAAUCGCACCCAAGCAGCUCCAUCGACUGACACAAGUGUGUUAUCUCUGCUGAAGAGUUCUUGGAGCACCUGCACGAAACCUCGCGAGCACAUGAAUCGAUUUAUUUUGCUCACCAUCAUGGUAGUACUGCUGCUUACCGCAUUUGUCUCAGACGGAAGCAACUCUGUGUUCUAUAAGUUCAUGAGGAUCAAGUUCCAUUGGACCGUAAAACAGUUCACCGAAUACGAGACGGUGAGCAUUUUGGUUCCUGCAGUGGCUGGUUCCGGUGGAGUGCUCUUCAUUUGGUCCCUGAGGAAGUGCACCAAAUCGGCGGUUCUGUGGCUGGCCUUUGUGUCCCUGCUGAGUCACUGUUCCAGCAGCCUGAUGAAGGCCUUCGCCUUGGUGAGCUGGCAGAUCUAUGUGGCCAUAGGACUGGGCGUGUUUAAGUCCCUUGUGAAUCCCAUGUGUCGCACCAUGAUCACCAAUCUACUGCCGGCUGAUGAACGGGGUAAAAUCUUCGCCCUACUUGGUGUCUUGCAAGCACUCUCCCCUUUGAUAUCGUCUACCCUGUACGUUGCGAUCUACACCCGAACACUGGACAGCGCGCCGGGUGUUUUCAAUGUGUUUAGCGCCUUUCUUUAUGGCACUGGUAUUAUUCUUCUGGGUAUUGUUUGGUGCAAGAAGUCGAGAAAUCAGGUGUACUAUGAGCCGGUUUUUAAAUGA